AUGGCUAAAAAGAGGAAACGCCGAAAGAACAAAUUUAAGCCAAUUUUAGAAAAUCAAAUUAUCAGAAUCAACUUAGAUUAUACUGAUGAAGAAAAAGAUAUCGACCUUAGAGGGAAUAGAUAUUAUUUAGUGACUAGUUUUAAAAAAGUAAAAAAAGGUAAACUAGUUAUAGAAUUAUUUACUAUUACCACUAAAAAGAAGAAUAAUUUUAGGGGUGAUAAACGACUGAUUUUACAAUAUAAACUUAAAAAACCUAACUGUUUAUCUAACCCCUCUUUAAUCAAUCAAGAAAUUUUAAUUACUCUUCGAUUAGAGCAAAAUAAAUAUCGCCACCAUCUUUGUCCUAGUUGUCAAAAUAUUUGCCUUGACCCCGAAGAAUAUGGGCAAAUUGUUAAAGAGCAUAAGGAACAUUGA